UCCCCCGGGAGAGGUGGUGUGGGUGGAGCGGGCUCGGCGGCCACCCGACACGGGACCAGUCUGGGUGCCCCGCAGGCCCCCGAGGGCUCAGAGUUGGGGCGGCGCCUCGGGCGGAGGCACAGGGCCAGCCUGGGGGGUACCCCCGGAGGACAAGAGCUCCCCGGAGCCACCCAGUGGCGACGUGUGGGUGCCUCGGGGCCGACCCCCUGCGGCAGCCGCAGAUGUGUGGGUGUGCUGGGUGGGAGGCAACUGGGUGUGGCGUGAAUGGGGUCGCCCGGUCGGGGCAACCGCUCUGCAGCCAGAUAGGGUCUGGACAUUGCGGAAGGGGACGGGUGGGAAUUGAAGAGCAGAGCUGGAAAUCGGGAGGGACGGAAGGGCAGGGGGUGAGCAAAGGGGCGGGACCCUGGCUGCUGUGGCCUCCCCUGACCCCCUCUCCCCGCUGCUGGGGUCCUCGGGCAAGCCCCCUUCUCACUGGACUGAGAGAUGAGGCUGAGCUGGGUCUUGACAGUACUGUCCAUCUGCCUGAGCGCCCUGGUCACGGCCACAGGGACCGAGGGCAAACGGAAGCUGCAGAUCGGAGUCAAGAAACGGGUAGACCACUGUCCCAUCAAAUCGCGGAAAGGGGACGUCCUGCACAUGCACUAUACGGGGAAGCUAGAAGAUGGAACAGAGUUUGACAGCAGCCUGCCCCAGAACCAGCCCUUUGUCUUCUCCUUGGGCACAGGCCAGGUCAUCAAGGGCUGGGACCAGGGGCUGCUAGGGAUGUGUGAGGGGGAAAAGCGGAAGCUGGUGAUUCCAUCAGAGCUGGGGUAUGGAGAGCGGGGAGCGCCCCCAAAGAUUCCAGGUGGUGCAACCUUGGUGUUCGAGGUGGAACUGCUCAAAAUCGAGCGACGUUCAGAACUGUAGCCAAACUGGAGAGGGGCGGUGGAGAGGCCCCCAUCAGGGACCAGACUGUUUAAAGAAAAAAAAAACUUAAAACCCA